CUCCAUGAAAAAAUCUCAUCACAACGCUACGACAACGCCUCGCAUCUGCUAUGGUACGAAGCCCGUCUCUCGUAUGGCCUCAUCAAAGUCAGCGCCGCCUUUUCCAGUCCCCAAAUCUCGAAAUUCACGGACCAAAACUGGCUGUCUGUGCUGUCGGCUUCGUCGCAAGAAAUGCGAUGAAGCAACACCAGUCUGCAACAACUGCGUCCGAAACAACCUCAUCUGCUCGUGGCCACGGACGAUUGCUCACGACUCCUCUCGGCGACGCUCUGAUCUCGGCUGGCGGAUCAGGCUUCAGGAAGGGUUGUUAGAGCCGACCCCGCGUCGACGACACGGAUUGAGCUUCGGUGAUCACCCCACCAGUUGCGAUGAUGAGAGCACCAGCGACAGUAAAUCUACGACCCUCUCCCGUUCGAGGGUUUGGGGCAUGCCGUCUCUGUGGGAACCAGCCCUCAUCAAAAGCACAGAGUCCCAGACUCUGCUGAGCCACUUUGUGCACAAGACAGCGGCCCAGCUGGUCGCCACGGGGCCCCAGGACAACCCACUUCUCAGUCGCAUACUCCCCUGGGCGUACUCGGAGACCAUGAUAAUGGACGCCAUCAUGGCGCUGGGCGGCGCCCACGUCAGCCACAAAACCGGCAACCAAGCCUUGAGACACGCCACCAUCAAUCACUACCUGUCUGCUAUGCGAAAGCUCAAGUACGCGCUAACCAAAUGGGACCAUGGAGCACCACAGAGUACGUUACGGCUGUUGACCAUUGCCAUACUACUGUGCCAGUACGAAGCUGUCACUUGCAAUCGUCGAAGUGUUGCGUAUUAUCAUCUUCGUGCUUGUCGAGAGUUCAUCAACGCGAUCCUUGAAGCAGGUCGGGACAAUCUCUCCUGCUCUGAGCGCGAUGUCUUUGGCUUUUUGCUCGAGUACUAUUCUUAUCUAGCCAUCGUGCGAAACGUCACAAUUCCCCCCGACCCGCAGACCGAUGUGGUGGCUUCGGACUGGUUCGUCCGGUCGCUGCAGCAUCUGCAAGAGUACCAUACCUUUGGCAGCUUGCUUGGGGGUUCCUGGGAGCUCUACGAGCUGAUACCCGUCAUUCGGCUCCUCCACGGAUUAAAUGAGGACUCAUGGUUCGAAGCUUACGGCACUUUGGAGUCGAAAAUACUGAAUUGGUCACCUGGGCUAACCACGACGUCCGAGGCGUCACUCGCUACCCAGCCUCUGGAUGCAGUGGAGCGUAUCUACCAGAUCGGCGUGCUCACAUUCCUAUAUUCCGCACGGUACGUCAAGUAUCGCGACAAGGACGAAUUUUGUCGGAAGCUUGCGCCUAUCAUCGUUGAAUUCCGUGGCCUGUGCCUCAAUUUGGGUGAUUCGCCAUCGCAGAGCACACUGCUGUGGCCUUUCAUCGUCAUUGGUUCGUGUCUCACCUCGCCGGAGGACCGACAAAAGAUGUGCUCGGGAUUGUCAAGGUCCUCGUAUGACAUGGCGAUCACGCAGCGGGCUGCGGAGAUCCUGAACAUGACCUGGGAGCUUCACCAGGAGGAUAUGUAUGGCCCAGUCGCUUUGGAAGCUGUCAUGAAGAUUCAUGACUUUUGCGUGAGCUAAUGCCACACAUCCGAGCCACUUCGGGCUGGAGGUCGUCUGGUUCAUAUUUGGCGAAACAAUAAAAUCAAGACAAGGAAAUCGUGGAGCUACUUGAAUACGGCCGCCAACCCUUGCAUGCAACUUGAGUCGGUCUAUUCUAGUCACCUUGUCGGCAGAAUAACUUGAAAUUCCGCUCUAGUAUGCUGCGGUCUCGCGACCCGGUUUCGACCUCGCUUUGAAGUAUGUCAAUGAGUCCAAAAUCCAUGGCAACAAAAACAACUAGCCCUCGGCGGCGACAGAUGUCGACAGCAGGCUGGCCACCACCUCAUCAGCGCCUCGUUGACCCGACCGGAUGGCACCCUCCAUAUAUCUUUUCCAAACCAACGACGUUUCUGUUCCGACGAAGUGAAUAUUUCGAAAAGAUGCCCGGAGUUCACUACCAAAAUUGUUGAGAUCAUUCAGUCCAUAGACGGCACUCGGCCCGCCCCGGCAGUACUGCUGCUUAGACCAAUAAAGUUGAUAGGUUCUGGGACCCGAGCCCCGGCGUGUUCGAAGGCUGCACGGAAUUGGUCCCAGAUAGAUUUCUUUCGCAUCAUUUGAGAGAGUUGGGACCACCUCCGGCCCGGGUUGCCGACUAUAAAGCAGCUAAUUGACCAUUGCUGAGCCGCUUCGAUGCUGGUAUCUCUGGUGAAUGAAGCAGGGCCGGCGCGAGAUUGCAGGAUGCCCGAAAAGCCUUGGUCGCGCCACCAUGGCUUGUCCCACACCAAAACCAUCUUGCUAUAGUAGCC